AUGGACACAACGAAUCCUAGGUACUAUUCUCAGAACCGCUCCUUUCAGCACGACCUCGGAGUUGAGCUGCUGCAGCAGUACAUGAGGUGGGAGGAAGGCGACACAGUUCUGGACGCGGGGUGUGGUACGGGGGAAAUCUGCAAGUACAUCUCCCAACAGCCAGGGGUCUCUUCUGUGGUGGGCUUAGAUGUGUCACCUGACUUCGUUAGGUAUUCCAGUCAACAGAACUCCUCCCCAAACGUUCUCUAUGAUGUGUCCGAUAUCUCCGAUGCGUCAACCAUUAAGCCAGAGUGGCAAGGCGCCUUCAGUAAGGUAGUCUCUUUCCAAGUGCUACACUGGGUGAAAGACAAGGCUGCUGCGCUGAAAGUGCUGCAUUCUUGCCUGAAGCCUCAUGGAGAAAUUUUAUUUUGGGUUGGCAUCGAUGUAAACAAAUGGGGCAAAAUCAGCCCGGGUAUGGCUUCCCACCCCAAAUGGAAAGUCUACUUGAAGGAUUUUGAACCGAAUUUGUUUCCUUGGCCUUCCAGCGACCUCGUAAAAGAAAGCCACAGUAGCUAUCUUCUAGAAGAGUGUGGUUUUGAGGUUCUCUCCUGUCAUCUCAAAGAACAACAGUACUCUUUCACAUCUAGGGAACAAUGGAAGAAAACUAUGAGUGCUGUUUUCCGCCAUCUUUGCUACUUACCACCAGACAAACACGAGGAAUUCUUGAAUGACGUCGAGAAAAUGGAACGAGAUGUCCUACUUUUGUCAGGCGAUUACAAAUUUACGGAUAAGAAUCUGGUUAUUCAUGCUCGAAAGUUGUAG